AUGGUAAAAUUCGUCAAUAAUCAAGAACCUUGGUGUAACGGAAUUUUUAAUCAGUCAUAUCCAACGACCUUUGGAUAUGAAUCACAAGAUUCACCUCUCGAUUUAUCAAAAAAUAGCAAACAUUUCCCAUUUCAACGACCAAUGUCCAUUGAUGAAUCAUUAACAGCAGCUGAAGAUUCGUGCGUUAAAUCCCAUAAUAUUAUUGAUAGACAAAUGGCAAUAAAUUAUCCAUAUGAAGCACCACAAAUUAUCACACAACCCAAAUCAGAUUGGCAUUAUCGAAGUAUGAAAGAUUUAGCAAAAAAACAUAUCCCUUUUCUAUCUGGUGAAGGUCCUCAACGAACACCGAUCCGAAUAAAAGUCCCUGAAAGAUGUUGUCGGACGAUGUAUCUCUGUAUUACAGUCGUAACUCUAGAUAACCAAUCUCAUGAUUCUAAAGUAAUUGUACCACCAAAAACACGUGCGAGACAAGAUCAGUUAUCUCAUGAUAAUAAUCUUCGCUGUUUGGAUUUUGAUGAAUGUAAUUCAACAGACUAUUUUGAUUCAAUCACAAAACGUGUUUACUUACAGAUUAAUCCAGAAGAACACAAAUCUCAUUUAAAAGAAGUACGAAUUCAUAUGUUCAAUUUAUAUCAAAAUCAAAUGAUAACCAAAGACAUCAUCGAAGCUAAACAUCUUGAUUUAUGUAGACUAGCUUUUUCGUUAUGUAUCCUUGAAAAUGAUAAAUAUAUGUGUAUUUCUCCACCAUCGUUUUCCUCUAUUAUUCGAGAAAAGAAAAGCAUCAGUCGACCUCGUGUAUCACAAGCAAUGAACAAUCAAAAAAAUUCAUAUAGUCAAUUUUUAAUAGAUUCUCUAGACUAUGGCAGUCAAGACAAUAAGAAUGAUGAUAGUGAUCAUGAUUUUGAUUGUUCACAGUAA